AAUUACAAUCUGUUGAUGUGACAUUUGAACAACAUUUCUCCUGCUUCAAACACCAACAGUCAAUGACGAUAAGCAAACUGGACGAAACAGUCUCAUUGUGCAAACAAUUGAAACAAUUGAAAUCCUUUUUUAAGAUUUUAUUCAUCUUUUUCUCAGUGUUUACAUUCAAAAUACGAUAAAAAUCAAAACCCAAUUGCGUACAAACGAUCAGCAAAAACAAAAUGAGUGUGGACUGGGGUGAUCAAUUGGAUGAGAUGUACCGAGCUCAUCAGGCAAAUAUCGAAGAUGACUUGCGCAAAAUGGUGAAUAUGUUUGCAACGAGUGUCGAUGAGUCACCAUCGAAAGAACCCAAAGUCAGACGCUUCUUUGAAUCCUUGUGUCAUACUGUGAGUACCAUAUGCAGUGGCGUUCGGGCAAAGAACAUGGAUGACAAACCAGCACAUAUAGAUCAGGCAAGUGUGAAAACACCCGCAGAUGAAAGUGGUUUUAGUGACAUAGCAGACGAAAAUGAUAUGAAAAGCGUCGAAUUGGGGAGAAAUCGAAGAGACAGUGAUAGUUCGCAGAGCGAAUGGUCGACACAAAGUGCUGGUCACUGGACACAAAGUGAUUGGCCAGUCAACGAAUCGAUUGAAAACAAAUCAAACAAAAAGAUUGACACAGAUUCAUCGAAAAUUGGUGACACAAAGGUGGUGCCGGGUUCAAAAUGUUCAACGCCAUUGGUGUCUGAAUUCGAUAUUGAUUGUUUUCUAGACUUUCAACGAGCUCGCACCGACCUUGUUGCUGCACAGAAACGAAAAUGCUCUGAAGAAUCAGAUGAAUUCCAGGCCAAAAAGUCAAAACGUUUUAUGGAUUUAACGAAGAAAGCCCCGUACGAAUCAAAGCGAAAUCCUUUUAUGAAAUCCAAACAAAAUCACUUUGUCAAAAUGAAGAAAAAUUGGACAAAAACCACGAAUGAAGACCACACUGGCUUCAAAAAUGAAAAAGUACAACUCUCAAAUGAUGCGGCACUUCGACUGCGAUCACGUACGUCUCCGUUUCUCGAUGCAGAAGUGAAUUCUUGGAAUAAGAUCCGAACCUAUUGCUAUUUUUGCGAGCGAAAACUGGAGAUGAGCUUCCACGAUUGGACCGAUCAUUUGUUGAUGCACACCGGCGAAGAACCAUUCUAUUGCACUGGUUGCAAUGUUGGCCUACCGAAAUUUCAGCCGGACCACUGUGUGCAGCAUCAAACGUAUCGGAAUAUUAAAGGUGGCAAUGUGACAGCGUAUAUAUGCAACAAAUGCGAUUAUAUCCAGUUUAAUAUGCAUCGAGUUGUCAGUCACAUUAUGGAUGUUCACAUGAGAUCCGAGCAAGAAGCUGAGAACAGCUUGGAUAAGGUCGUUUUGAUUCCAGAUCUCCGUUCCGUACCCAGACUCAGUCACACCAAGUACAAUUACGUUUCGGCCAGAUAUCGGUAUGGAUGUGGUAUCAAAGGUUGCAAUACGAUGGGCAAUAGCAACGAUCAAUUCACCACACACUUUACGCACAAACAUGCAGAUGCUCGAAUGUUUUCGUGUCCACAUUGCAAGGAAAUAAUCACGAAUGCUACACGAGACACCAAGUCGUUCAUCAAUACCAUUCUCAAGCAUUACAACCAUCACAACGAUCUCUUGAAUCAGUGCACAAUUUGUGAUACGACGUUUUACACUGAUUUUGAGACCAUUCUACAUAUUUUGACUUGUCACACCGAUGGUUACUGCAAUUUUCGCCGCGAAUUUCGGGCAAAAUUGUUACGACAGGACGUGGUUAUUUUGUUUGAAUGCAACAUGUGCCAUGCUCGAUUGGAAGAGGACCCAAUUCAACACCAUUUGAAGUGUCAUCAUUCACAUCAUGCGAAUUUUAAGCUCAUUCAAUUGGUCAAAGAAACGGACAAAGACAAUGUGACGAAAUUCUCAAUGGUUGAAUUCGAUGAGAAUAUUCUGUUUCAACAACAUUUUGCAUGUGGCUGGUGCCAUGAAACAUUGACAACCAAAGCGAAACUCAUUCGUCAUCACAUCGUUCAGCAUCGUUCCAGUGAGCUGAGCGUUGAAUUCAAGAAUUAUUUGACUCGAUCGUCCUAUACUUCGAAAUUGCUCGAAGUUAAUUCCAGCUUUGAUCAAUAUCUGAUCUAUUUGUGUGACUAUUGCGACAAUACUGAUCCAUUGAACUGUUUGUUCUAUUCCGAUGUCAAAGAUGUCUAUAAUCAUUGGUCGGAUAAUCAUGGCAAAAAGGAGAAUCCAAAGCCGUUCCGAUUCACGGUGACUCAACUGGUAGAAUGUCAUCACUGUAGAUUCAUUAGUACAUUUUUUGGACUGAAAAUUCACCAUGCUCAACACCAUUCAAAGGAUCAAUUCGCAAUUCGAAACUUGAUCGAUCGAUCCAAAUGCGGCCUAUGCCUGGCUGACCAUUGUGGUUCCUUUACGAAACACUUUGAAAAUGACCACAAAACGGUGCUCAAAGCAAAUCUAUUCAAUCCAAUUGCUUUGGACGAUGACACAUUGAUGAAACUGCGGAAUUUAAAGGGUAUGGCAAAACGCAAGUGUCUACAUUGUUUCCAGGUCUUUGAAACGAAAACUGACUUCAAAUAUCAUCAUGCCAGAAAACAUUCGUUCGCUCGUGAAGAUUCGGAAAAGUUUCAUGACAACGAGAGCAUUUAUUUGGUUACUGGCUGCUGUCAAGAGACUAUCAAACCAACCGAACUGUUUGAACACCUUCGAGCUCAUGAUUUUUCAUCCAAAUCACGUUUGAAGAAAUUCUAUUGGAACACGCUGGCCAUUUUCGGUAACGGGCUGAUACUCGAAAUGGCACAAUUAUCCGGCACCGAGUAUGACCAAAGCGAUCAACUUCAUGAGCUCAUCAAAGAAAUGAAAGCAGAGAAAUGAUAUUGGAGAAGUUUCAAUUAGAUUUUUGAAAAGAAAAAACAAAACAAGAAAAAUAAAAGAAAAUGGGUUGAAAAAAAACCGAUCGAAAAGAUGCCAUCUAUACCGAUUGAGUCUUUGAAUUAGAUUUUAGGGAGCAUUUUUCAUGAAAAUCAAUCCAAAAUUUUGAAAAGAUUUUUUUUUGACAUUUUUUCAACUGAAAAUAAUAUUUACUAAUGGCACAACCGCUAAUUCAUUCAUUCUUUCUAUUUUCUCUAUCUUUAUUAUGUGCAAAUGUAGUUUAAAUUCCAAAUCGCAUAGUCUUCAAUUUUGUUCAUAAUUUUUCCCACACAUUUUCCCAUUAACCGUCUAAUUUAUCAAGGAAACUGUCUAUUUUUUUUUAGUAAACUAUAAUAGUUUCUCAUUCAAAUAUUUCGCAUUUUAAAAACGAAAAAAAAACAUAAACAAUUUAAAUUUUUGUCAAUCAUUUUUGGCAUUCAAUUAAUUUAAUUAAUUCAUUAAAAAUGUGAAGAAAAAAAUAAAGAAAAAAAUACUUUUUGGAUUAUGCUAAA